AUGAAGGUCACUGAGAGUUUCUUGCUGCUGCUGGUGUUCGCCGCCUCAGCCUUUAUGGUUGAAAGCACCCGCCAGUGUUAUCCGUGCAAAGCUCUGAGAAACAUGGCUGCCUCACUGAAUGAGCAGAAGGAGGAGAUCAGACUCUUACAUGUGGAGAAUGAAGAACAAGCUGCAGAGCUGCAGAAACUGAAAAAUCAGCAAGGCACACAGGUGGCGUUCUCCGUCGCUCUGGUGACUUCAGGUUCAGAGACUAAGGGACCGUUUUCACACCCCACCACGCUGAUCUUCAAACACGUCCAGACCAACAUCGGAGAUGGCUACAACAAACACACAGGUGUUUUCACCGCACCGGUGAAAGGAGCGUACCACUUUGAGUGGCAAAUCGGUGUACAUGGAGACGACAAACAUCCCGCCUGUGCUGUCCUCAUCAAGAACUCGGAGGGCAUCUUCUCGACGUAUGAGAGGCAGAAGGCCUAUUUCGGGAUGGCUUCCAACAGCGUCACGCUGCUCCUGGAGGUCAGAGAUGCCGUGUUUCUGCGACUGUGUCGUAAUUCGAAGGUGUUCGACGAUGUGAAUCACUACAGCACAUUCAGCGGUCAUCUGCUUUUCCCCAUGUGAGACAGAAACGCUUCAGUUUCACGGUUAUUUUGUUGUUCUUUUUUUACAUUUUACUCUCUGUGUUCUUGUUUUUUCUUGGAAUCAGCACAAUCAUGGCUAGAAGUGGAAAUCAUUCAAACAUGUCUUUGGGCAGAAUAGCACAGUUAGAAUGACAGAAAUCAGAAAUCAUGUUUUAAAAAUGUAUUUUUGAAAUAAAAUUAAAGCUAUAUUCAAACACUUUUCCAAGUGCUGACAAAUUUAAGCUUCAUUUUGGUUAUUAUUUCUAACAUUAACUUUGAUAAACUAUGAUUCAAUCAGGGGACUGUCUGAAACUUUAGCUUCUUUCUACAACAAACACUGUAUUUUAAGUGAUUUUUUUUUUACCCCUGCAGGCUUGUGGGGUUUAAGAGGGUUAAUAGAUCUGAAAUGUAAUAUGUUAUGUUAUUUUUUCAUCUCUAUACAUAUGCAUAAAGACAAACAUUAACCAUGGACAUGCGAAUUAACAAAUAAAUAU